AUGGCGCUGAGUUCGGAGCCGGCGGCCGCGGACUGGAGCUGGAGCGCUGCGGUGCGGCCGCUACUCGCCGCCUCUUACUCCACCUUCGAGCCCCGCGACAUCCCGCAGCUCGUCAGCUCCGUCAUCAACAGUGAGAAGCAAAUUCUGCAUCAUGACAAGCAGUACGAACCGUUCUAUUCCUCCUUUGUGGCGCUGUCUGCACAUUACAUCUCCACCGUCUGUGGGCAAAUUCCCAGGAAUCAGCUGUUGUCGGUCGCGGCUGCGUGUAAAAUCCUGAUCGAAUUCUCAUUGAUGCGUUUGGAGAACCCAGAUGAAGCAUGUGCAGUUUCGCAGAAACACCUGAUCCUCUUGAUCAAAGGCCUUUGCACUGGCUGCAGCCGCCUGGACCGAACCGAGAUCAUUACUUUCACAGCAAUGAUGAAAUCAGCCAAACUGCCCAUGACGAUAAAGACACUGUCAGAAGUGGAGGAUCAGAAGGAAGCUGCCCCAGGAGUGACCCCCGAGACAAGACAGAAGGAAGUGCAAAUGAACUUCCUGAACCAGCUGACCUCGGUCUUCAACCCAGAUGUAUCGGCAUCAUCCGCCCCCCUCCCGUGGUUCAGGUAGGAAGGACCUGGCGAACCGAGUGCUGUAGAUACAGGCGUGGAUGGAGAAAGCAAUGAGCAGGCUGUGUCUGACCAAGCUACAGCCAUUAAGAUGAAGAGUGCGUUUAUCACACAGAAUGUGUCUAGCCUGCAGGCGUUGGGAGGCUCUGAGAAGCUGCUGCGUGUCUGUCUAAAUCUUCCCUACUUUCUGCGCUACAUCAACCGUUUCCAGGACGCUGUCUCCGCUAAUUCCUUUUUCAUCAUGCCAGCCACUGUCGCCGAUGCUACUGCUGUGCGGAACGGGUUCCAUUCCCUGGUUAUUGACGUUACAAUGGCGCUGGACACACUCUCAUUGCCUGUCCUUGAACCACUGACUCCAGCCCGGCUGCAGGACGUGACUGUGCUGGCACUCAGCUGUUUGUAUGCAGGUGUGAGUGUAGCCACGUGUAUGGCUAUUUUACAUGUGGGCAGCAGCCUGCAAGUGCGAUCGGGAUCAAGUAGUAAAGAGGAAGACUACGAGAAUGAUGCAGCCACAAUCGUCCAGAAAUGUCUUGAAAUCUAUGAGAUGAUCGGACAAGCAAUCAAUAGCUCUCGGCGUGCAGGCGGAGAGCAUUAUCAGAAUUUCCAGUUACUUGGUGCUUGGUGUCUGCUAAACAGCCUCUACCUGAUCCUGAACCUCAGUCCCACAGCGUUAGCCGACAAGGGGAAGGAGAAGGAUCCACUAGCUGCGCUCCGAGUUCGGGACAUUGCUGCCCGAGUGAAGGACGGAGCUGGCUCUCCCAAACUUGCUCCAGUUAAAGGACAUCAGGGAUUUGGAGUCUUGUCUGUGGUCCUGGCAAACCAUGCCAUAAAGUUGCUGAUCUCACUCUUUCAAGAUUUGCAAGUAGAAGCUUUGUACCGGGGCUGGACUGGGGAUGGGCCACCUGCAGAGCUCAAUAUCAUGGCCCAAAGUUCAUCUAUACAACGUGUGCAGAGACUGAUCGAGUCGGUCCCACUCACCAACUUGCUGUUUACACUGCUAUCCACCUCUUACAGAAAGGCAUGCGUUCUCCAGCGACAACGCAAGGGCUCAGUGAGCAGUGACGUGAGCGCAUCCACCGACUCCAACACGUACUACGAGGAUGACUUCAGCAGCACCGAGGAGGACAGUAGCCAAGAUGAUGACAGUGAACCGAUCUUGGGCCAGUGGUUUGAGGAGACCAUCUCUCCCAGUAAAGAGAAGACAGCACCUCCCGCCCCUCCCCCGCCUCCUCCCCUCGAGAGCUCUCCACGACUGAAGAGCCCAAACAAGCAGAGCAGUGGUGAGAAUGGCAACAUCCUGGCAAGUCGCAAGGAUCCAGAGCUGUUUCUGAGCCUGGCUUCCAGUAUCUUUAAUUUCAUUACGUCUUCGAUGCUGAAUUCAAGGAAUAACUUUAUCCGGAAUUACCUGAGUGUCUCUCUGACUGAGCCGCACAUGAUGACGUUGGCCAGCAUCAUAAAGGACGUCGACAAGGAUGGAACAAAAGGGUCGUCGGGUGAGGACUUUGCUGGAGCUUUGUACCACUUCAACCAUUCUAUGGUGACCUCGGACCUUCCAUCACCUAUUCUUCAGAACACGCUGUUGCAGCAGCUGGGAAUAGCUCCUUUCUCAGAGGGCCCCUGGCCUCUCUACAUCCACUCCCAGAGCCUCUCUGUGCUCUCACGUUUGCUGCUAAUCUGGCAGCACCGAGCCAGUGCCCAGGGGGAACCUGAUGUUCCUGAAUGUAUGAAAGUCUGGGAAAGGUUUAUUGGAACAUUGAAGCAGAACGCGUUUCAGGGAACGGUGCCAAGUGACUCUGAGGAUUUGAACGUCGAACACCUUCAGCUGCUGCUGCUGAUAUUCCACAACUUCUCAGAGUCCAGCCGUCGCAGCGUGGUCACGCUGUGUAUGCAAACAAUCAUCGAAGUGGCUUCGAAGGCAGAGGGCCAGGCUCGCUGCGUCCCCCUGACACUCGCCAGGCUCCUGCUGGUCUUUGACUACAUCGUGCAGCAGUAUUCCAAAGCCCCGAUAUACCUGUUUGAGCAGAUCCAGUAUAAUCUGCUGACCCCCCCAAUGGGUAAUGCUGGGACGCACGACUCCGACAGACGCAAUCAGUUGCCACUUUAUCACGGAUUUAAAGAGGUUGAGGACAACUGGACUAAACACUGUGGGACAGACUCGGUCCCUUUGCCCAAAUUCUACAGCAUUCUUUCACAUGAAACCUCGGCUGAUGACAUGAGCCGCUUGGAUGAGACGAUCUGUGAUGUUCUGUUCACCAACACGUUAAAGUAUGAUGACUUGUACGCAGCCCUGAUCUGGCUGCUGGCCGCGGGCUCCGAGUUUGAUACAUUCCGGCGUGAAGAGCAAAAAAUUGCAACUCCCCUGGAGGCAUGUUCCGUGCAAUACUAUUUCCUGAUCUUGUGGAGAAUUCUUGGCAUUGUGCCACCAUCCAAAGCCUACCUGAACCAGCUGGGGAUGGAUGCGCCUGAACUGAGUAAAUGUGAUAUCCUGCACACCCUACGCUGGUCCUCCCGGCUACGCAUCAGCUCCUUUGUCACCUGGAUCAAGGGCCACCUGGUGAGUCAGGGGAUGAAGCCAGAACAUGCUGGCUCCCUCGUGCAGCUGGCCGUCAACAGGUGCAGUUCUGUGAAGUACGAUGUAGAGCUCGCAGAGGAGUAUAUGGCCAGACAGAUUUCUUCCUUUUGUGGGAUUGACGCAACUGCAAUCCUCCCCCUGCACCGACUCCCCAACCUGCAGACCGUAUACACGCUUGAUGCAGUCAUCUCAAAGGUGCAGGUGUCUCUGGAUGAAUACUUCUCCAAAGUGGUGUCAGAAAGUGAUAGUCACAAAACGGCUGAGAUCACAAAGAACCUGCUUCCAGCCACGUUGCAGCUGAUCGACACUUAUGCAGCAUUCGCCAGGUCCUACCUGCUGAGGAGCCUGUGUGAGGAAGGUUCCACUGAGAGUCCCACUGAGGAGAAGCUGCAGGGCUUUGCUGCCGUGCUUGCCGUGGCCUCCAGUCGCUGCAAGAGCAACUCUGUUGCCCAGCUGGUGGUACAGAACCUGCCCACAGCAGUGCAGACCCUGUGUGACUCCUGGAACAACAUCCACACCAACGAGUUCCCCAACAUCGGAUCUUGGCGAAAUGCGUUUGCAAAUGACACGAUUCCCGCAGAGAGCUACAUCAGUGCCAUUCAAGCCGCUCACCUGGGCACCUUGUGCAGUCAGAGCCUGCCCCUCGCUGCCUCCCUCAAACACAUCCUGCUCUCCUUGGUCCGGCUCAGCGGUGACCUCAUUGUUUGGUGUCCAGAUGAACAGAACCAUCCACAGCUGAUCCGCACGUUGCUGCCGCUGCUUCUGGAGACGAGCACGGAGAACGUGUCUGAAAUCAGCUCCACCUCAUUGGAGCGGAUCCUGGGCCCUGCAGAGUCCGACGAGUUUCUUUCCUGUGUCUACGAGCGACUCAUUACCAGCUGCUAUAACAUCAUCGCUAAGCACUCCAGCUCACACAGCGGGCUUGACGAGGCCAUCCUGGAGGAGUGUUUGCAGUAUUUGGAGAAGCAGCUGGAGAGCAGCCAAGCUCGCAAAGCCAUGGAGGAGUUCUUCUCUGAUCGGGGGGAGCUAGUCCAGAUCAUGAUGGCGACAGCCAAUGAGAACCUUUCAGCUAAAUUCUGUAACCGAGUGUUGAAGUUUUUUACCAAACUUUUCCAGCUGGCGGAGAAAAGCCCAAACCCAAGUCUCCUGAGAUUAUGUGGCUCGUUUAGCCAGCUCACCGGUGUAGAACACGGGCGCUUAAACGCCUGGCUCACAAGGAUGACCCACGCUCCUCCCAAAGACUCCGAUCAGCUGGAUGUGGUGCAGGACAACAGGCAACUGCUGCAGAUCCUGACUGCCUGCAUUGUGCGAGAGAACAGCCAAGUCGGAGAAGGAGUCUGCACCGUGUUACUGAACACACUUAUCCCUAUGGCAACAGACAUGUUAGCUAACGGUGACGGAACAGGCUUCCCGGAAUUGAUGGUUGUCAUGGCAACACUGGCCAGCUCUGGUCAAGGCGCUGGGCACCUUCAGCUUCACCGGGCAGCCGUGGACUGGCUCUGCAAAUGUAAGAAGUACCUCUCCCAGAAGAAUGUGCUGGAGAAGGUGGGUGCCAACGUGACACAGGGCAAGCACGUGGGAAUGCUAGACUGCACCUGCCACAUCAUGACCUAUCUUGCUGACGUAAUGAACGCCCUGAGACUGAGUACUGGCCAGGGAUCCACACACCUACUGGUGGAUGGGGAGGAACGAGCGAUUGAGGUGGAUUCAGACUGGGUGGAGGAUCUGGCUGUGGAAGAGGAAGACUCCCAGGCUGAGGAUUCGGAUGAAGACUCCUUGUGCAACAAGCUCUGUACAUUCACCAUUACACAGAAGGAAUUCAUGAACCAGCACUGGUAUCACUGUCACACGUGUAAAAUGGUUGACGGGGUUGGCGUUUGCACCAUUUGUGCUAAAGUCUGUCACAAGGACCAUGAGAUUUCUUACGCCAAGUAUGGAUCGUUCUUCUGUGAUUGUGGGGCAAAGGAAGACGGCACUUGUCAGGCGUUAGUGAAACGCAGCCCGAGCAGUGGGAUCAGCUCCACGAUGAAGGAAUCCUCGGCUUUCCAGAGCGAGCCUCGCGUGCCCGAGAGCGCGCUGCGGAACCAGAGCACCUCUCCUGCCGACAAGGCCAAGACCAUCGGCAGCGACGGCAAGAUUUGUGACGAUGACAAACCCAAAAAAAGCACCAUGUGUAAGCAGAUCGAGGGCUGCAGGGAGGAACUGCAGAGUCAAGUGUCUGGUUCCUCCACUGCUGGCUUAGUCAUUGAUAUGCUGAACUUCCUGAUGGACGCGAUUCAGACAAACUUCCAGCAGGCAUCCGCCGUUGGCAGCAGCAGUCGAGCACAGCAAGCGCUUAACAACCUGCACACGAUGGAGAAGGCGGUGGAAAUGACCGACCAACUGAUGGUUCCAACGCUGGGCUCCCAGGAGGGGGCCUUUGAGAACGUUAGAAUGAACUACAGCGGAGACCAAGGGCAGACAAUCCGCCAGCUGAUCAGCGCCCACGUGCUGCGCAGGGUCGCCAUGUGUGUCCUCUCCUCACCCCACGGGCGGCGGCAGCACCUGGCUGUGAGCCACGAGAAAGGAAAGAUCACAGUGCUACAACUCUCGGCAUUACUGAAACAGGCCGACUCCAGCAAACGCAAACUAACCCUGACUCGGCUAGCUUCUGCACCCGUUCCCUUCACUGUCCUGAGUCUGACCGGGAACCCUUGCAAUGAGGAUUAUCUCGCUGUGUGUGGUCUCAAGGACUGUCACGUCCUCACGUUCAGCAGCUCAGGGUCUGUCUCUGAUCACCUGGUCCUUCAUCCGCAACUUGCCACUGGUAACUUCAUUAUUAAAGCAAUCUGGCUGCCGGGUUCCCAGACAGAACUUGCCAUCAUCACCGCAGACUUUGUUAAGGUGUACGAUCUCUCAGCUGAUGCCCUCAGUCCCAUGUACUAUUUCCUCUUGCCGAGCUCGAAGAUUCGUGACACCACGUUCCUGUUCAAUGAAGAAGGGAAGAGCAUCAUUGUGAUCAUGUCCUCGGCUGGUUACAUCUACACCCAAGUGAUGGAGGAAGCGAGCAGUGCCCAGCACGGACCCUUCUAUGUAACUAAUGUCCUGGAGAUCACACACGAGGACCUGAAGGACAGUAAUGGCCAGGUGGCCGGCGGUGGGGUUUCGGUGUAUUACUCACACGUGCUGCAGAUGCUGUUUUUUAGUUACAGUCAGGGCAAGUCUUUCGCUGCCAUGCUGAGUCGCAGCACACUCGAGGUGCAACGUCUCUUCCCAAUCAACCUGAAAAGUUCUAACGGAGGCAGUGGGAAAGCCGUGCCUGCUCUGUGCCAGUGGUCAGAGGUGAUGAACCAUCCUGGUCUGGUCUGCUGUGUCCAACAGACCACUGGAAUCCCACUCGUCAUCAUGGUCAAGCCAGAUACCUUCCUGAUCCAGGAGAUCAAAACACUGCCAGCCAAAGCCAAGAUCCAGGACAUGGUGGCAAUCCGUCACACAGCCAGCAAUGAUCAGCAGAGAACAACCAUGAUCUUACUGUGCGAGGACGGCAGCCUUCGCAUCUACAUGGCAAACGUGGAGAACACGUCCUACUGGCUCCAGCCGUCACUGCAGCCCAGCAGCGUCAUCAGCAUCCUGAAGCCAGUCCGCAAGCGCAAAGCUGCAGCCACCACAACACGCACUUCCAGUCAGGUCACGUUUCCAAUUGAUUUCUUUGAACACAACCAACAAUUGACUGACGUUGAAUUUGGGGGCAACGACCUGCUCCAGGUGUACAACAUGCAGCAGAUCAAACACCGGCUCAACUCCACUGGCAUGUACGUGGCCAGCACCAAGCCGGGUGGGUUCACUGUGGAGGCAGCCAACAAUAACAGUACCAUGGUGAUGACUGGCAUGCGGAUCCAGAUUGGGACACAGGCCAUUGAAAGAGCUCCAUCGUACAUUGAGAUCUUUGGUCGCACAAUGCAGUUAAACCUAACAAGAGCUCGUUGGUUUGACUGCCCAUUUACACGUGAAGAGGCGCUACAGGCUGACAAGAAACUAACUAUUUUUGUUGGUGCCUCUGUGGAUCCCGCUGGCGUCACAAUGGUCGAUUCAGUAAAAAUCUACGGAAAAACAAAGGAACAGUUUGGUUGGCCGGACGAACCACCAGAGGACUUUCCAACAGCGUCAGUGAACAAUGUGUGUGCUCCGAGUCUGAACCAGAGCAGCACAGCCGGAGAGGCCGACUCCGUGGCUCCAUCUUCCACCAGCGGCUCCGUCUUGGAGAGGCUGGUGGUGAGCUCCAUGGAGGUGCUGGAAAGUUGCUUUGCUGUUGGGUCUUCAACUGAAAAGGAGAAGAACAAACAGACAGCCCUCGAGCUGGCCACCCUCCUGCUGUCAAUGCCGACUCCAUCCAGCGUUCAGCAGCAAACCAAAGGGCUGCUGGCCAGUCUGCACACCAGCCGUGGGGGUUAUCACAAUCACAAGGAUCAAGCGUUGCUGAGUAAUGCUGUGCAGAUUCUCAACACCUGUAAUAAGGAGGGUCGGGACCUUGACCCAGAAGUGUUCCAACGCCUGGUGAUUACCGCACGCUCGAUCGCAAUGAUGCGACCCAAUAACUUGGUACAUUUUACCGAAGCUAAAGUGCCGCACUCCGAACUAGAAGUAGUCGAUGAAAGUAAAGAACCAGCUCAGAAGAGUGCAGAAGCCGAAGGUUGCAGUUUUAUCACUCAGUUAGUCGCUCAUUUCUGGAGGCUCCACGCUUCCAAACCCAAGAACGCUUUCCUGGCUCCAGCUUGUCUGCCAGGUCUGACCCACAUUGAGGCAACAGUAAAUGCACUAGUGGACAUUAUUCACGGAUACUGCACCUGUGAGUUGGACUACAUCAAUGGUGCAGCGAAGGUUUACAUGCAGAUGCUGCUAUGUCCUGAUCAGUCCGUGAGUUUUGCGUGUAAGCAGGCACUGAUCCGUGUCCUGAGACCUCGCAGCAAGCGCCGCCACGUGACACUGCCGUCACCACCUCGCAGCAACACGCCAAUGGGAGACAAAGAUGACGAGGAUGAUGAUGACGCAGAUGACAAAAUGCAGCCAUCUGGGAUGACCGGCAAUGAAAGCAUUCGCCAGGAGCAGAGCGAGGUGGACCAUGGGGACUUCGAGAUGGUGUCAGAGUCAAUGGUUUUGGAAUCGGCUGAAAAUGUGACCAAUGGGAACCCGUCUCCGCUGGAGGCUCUGCUGGCCGGGGCAGAGGGCUUCCCCCCGAUGCUGGACAUCCCACCCGAUGCCGAUGAUGAGACCAUGGUGGAGCUGGCCAUCGCUCUGAGCUUGCAGCAAGAUCAGCAAGGCAGCAGCAGCAGUGCGCUGGGCCUGCAGAGCCUGGGCCUGUCCGGCCAAGCUCCCAGCUCCUCCUCCCUCGACGCAGGAACACUAUCUGAUACCACAGCCUCAGCUCCAGCCUCUGAUGAUGAAGGAAGCACAGCAGCAACAGACGGAUCAACACUGCGCACAUCACCUGCUGAGCAUGGAGGCAGUGUGGGCUCAGAGAGCGGGGGCAGUGCUGUUGCAGUCGCUGGAGAGCACAGCGUGUCUGGGCGCAGCAGUGCCUAUGGAGAUACGACAGCAGAGGGACAUCCUGCUGGUCCUGGCAGUGUCAGCUCCAGCACGGGAGCCAUCAGCACCACCACAGGGCAGCAGGAAGGGGAGGGCUCUGAGGGAGAAGCAGAGACUGAGAGUGACCUCCAUACCAGUAAUAGGCUCCACACGGUGCAUCUGAUGCUGCUUGAGAGGCUCUUACAACAUCUGCCACAGCUGCGGCACGUGGGAGGUGUCCGUGCCAUCCCCUACAUGCAGGUCAUCUUAAUGCUGACUGCUGACCUGGAUGGAGAAGAUGAGAAGGAUAAAGGGGCCUUGGAUAACCUGCUGUCCCAGUUCAUUGCAGAGCUGGGCAUGGACAAGAAGGAUGUCUCCAAAAAAAAUGAUCGCAAUCCACUCAACGAGGUGCAUCUGGUGAUUAUGAGGCUUCUCAGCGUCUUCAUGUCUCGAACUAAAUCUGGUUCCAAAUCUGCCUCUGAGUCCUCCUCGUUGAUCUCCAACGCAACAGCCACCGCUCUGUUAAGUUCGGGAGCCAUUGACUAUUGUCUUCAUGUCCUUAAAUCGCUGCUGGAUUAUUGGAAAAUGCAGCAGGGGGAGGAGGAGGCUGUAACAACCAGUCAACUGCUGAAACCACAUACCUCGUCGUCUCCACCAGAUAUGAGCCCGUUCUUCUUGCGGCAGUAUGUGAAGGGACAUGCUGCUGAUGUAUUCGAGGCGUAUUCGCAGCUCCUGACGGAGAUGGUCCUGCGAUUACCUUACCAGAUCAAGAAAAUCGCAGACGCCAACACGCGAAUUCCACCACCCAUCUUUGACCACUCCUGGUUCUAUUUCCUCUCGGAGUAUCUGAUGAUCCAGCAGACUCCCUUUGUUCGUCGGCAAGUUCGGAAGCUUCUGCUGUUCAUCUGUGGAUCGAAGGAGAAGUACCGGCAGCUGCGUGACUUGCACACGCUAGACUCACACGUGCGAGGGAUUAAACGGCUGCUGGAGGAGCAGGGAAUCUUCCUGCGAGGGGUUGUGGUGACGGCAACAUCAGGGUCUGCCCUCCAGUACGACACAUUGAUUAGCCUGAUGGAACAUUUAAAGGCCUGUGCAGAGAUUGCAAGCCAGCGGACCAUCAACUGGCAGAAGUUCUGUCUCAAGGACGAUUCUGUUCUGUAUUUCUUGCUCCAAGUGAGUUUCCUUGUGGAUGAGGGAGUGUCCCCAGUUCUGCUCCAGCUGCUGUCCUGUGCCCUGUGUGGGAGUAAGGUUCUCGCUGCCACAUCAUCCAGCAACACAAGUGGCACAGGGGCAGGACCCACUGCCUCCAGCACCGGCCAGUCUGUCUCUCAGUCGAAGUCUUCCAGCAAAAAGAGCAAGAAAGAGGAUCGCGAGAGGGAGAAGGAAGAGAGCGCAAACAGUCAGGAGGAUCAGCUCUGCACAGCUCUGGUCAAUCAGCUGAAUAAGUUUGCAGAUAAAGAAACUCUCAUCCAGUUUUUACGUUGUUUCCUCCUGGAAUCAAACUCCUCAUCUGUGCGCUGGCAAGCUCACUGUCUGACCCUGCACAUCUACAGGAGUUCUGGAAAAUCCCAGCAGGAGCUGUUGUUGGACUUGAUGUGGUCCAUUUGGCCAGAGCUCCCCGCGUACGGACGCAAGGCAGCGCAGUUUGUGGAUCUACUUGGAUACUUCUCACUGAAAACCCCACAGACAGAGAAAAAGUUGAAAGAAUAUUCGCACAAGGCUGUGGAGAUUCUUCGUACUCAGAACCACAUUCUUACCAACCAUCCCAACUCCAACAUCUAUAACAUGCUUUCUGGACUGGUGGAGUUUGACGGCUAUUUCCUGGAGAGUGAUCCCUGCCUUGUGUGCAAUAACCCAGAGGUGCCGUUUUCUAACAUCAAACUUUCGUCGAUCAAGGUGGACACUCGGUACACAACCACACAGCAGGUAGUGAAGCUGAUCGGCAGCCACACCAUCAGCAAGGUCACGGUGAAGAUCGGCGACUUGAAACGUACCAAAAUGGUUCGCACCAUUAACCUGUACUACAACAACAGGACGGUGCAGGCCAUCGUGGAGCUCAAAAACAAGCCCGCUCGCUGGCACAAAGCCAAGAAAGUGCAGCUGACGCCUGGUCAAACUGAGGUCAAGAUCGAUCUCCCACUCCCCAUUGUCGCAUCCAACCUGAUGAUUGAGUUUUCAGAUUUUUAUGAGAAUUACCAGGCCUCGACGGAGACGCUGCAGUGCCCACGGUGCAGUGCCUCGGUCCCCGCGAAUCCUGGUGUCUGCGGGAACUGUGGAGAGAACGUGUAUCAGUGCCACAAGUGCAGGUCUAUUAACUACGACGAGAAGGAUCCAUUCUUGUGCAAUGCGUGUGGGUUCUGUAAAUACGCUCGCUUUGAUUUCAUGCUGUACGCCAAGCCCUGCUGCGCUGUGGAUCCCAUCGAAAACGAAGAAGACCGUAAGAAGGCCGUGACCAACAUUAACACGCUGCUGGAUAAAGCUGAUCGUGUUUAUCACCAGUUGAUGGGGCACCGGCCACAGCUGGAGACGCUGCUAGUCAAAGUCAGUGAGGCGGCUCCUGAGAAACCACAGGAGGAUUCCGCUGCUGCUGCUGGGAUCGGUUCCACAGCUGUCAGCGUGAACCGCUACAUCCAGCAGCUGGCCCAGGAAUACUGCGGCGACUGCAAGACCUCCUUCGAUGAGCUGUCCAAAAUAAUUCAGAAAGUCCUGGCUUCACGAAAGGAGCUGCUCGAAUAUGAUCUCCAACAGCGAGAGGCCGCGACCAAAUCUUCUCGGUCCAACGUGCAGCCCACGCUGACCGCAAGUCAGUACCGGGCUCUGUCUGUGCUCGGCUGCGGUCACACCUCCUCCACCAAGUGCUACGGCUGUGCCUCUGCGGUCACCGAGCACUGCAUCACUCUGCUUCGAGCCCUGGCCACCAACAGCACCAUCCGUCAGAUCCUGGUGUCCCAGGGACUGAUCCGCGAGCUCUUUGACUACAAUCUGCGUCGCGGCACAGCUUCCAUGAGAGAGGAGGUCAGGCAGUUGAUGUGCCUGUUAACUCGAGAUAACACUGAAGCGACACAGCAAAUGAACGAUCUUAUCAUCGCUAAGGUCUCAACGGCACUCAAGGGGCACUGGGCCAAUCCCGAUCUGGCUGGCAGCCUUCAGUACGAGAUGCUGCUGUUGACUGAUUCCAUCUCUAAGGAGGAUGCUUGUUGGGAGCUGCGCCUGAGAUGUGCACUCAGUCUGUAUCUGAUGGCUGUGAAUAUUAAGACUCCGGUGGUUGUGGAGAACAUCACAUUGAUGUGUCUACGUAUUCUGCAACGUCUGAUUAAACCACCUGCCCCAACCAGCAAGAAGAACAAGGAUAUCUCAAUUGACACACUCACCACAGUGAAACCAUACAGCAAUGAGAUACAUGCACAAGCUCAGGCGUGGCUUAAGAAAGACCCUAAGGCAUCGUAUGAGACAUGGAAGAAAUGCCUACCAGCCAGAGGUCUGGACACGCCUGGAAUAACAGCAAGUAAAAUGGAGCUGAGGCGCUUGUAUCUGAUGGAGAAGUACACAUGGAGGUGGAAGCAAUACCUCAGUAAACGAGGGAAGAGGAACGCACCACUUGACCUCAAACUGGGGCACAAUAACUGGCUUCGACAGGUUCUGUUCACUCCUGCCACCCAAGCUGCUCGCCAUGCCGCAUGCACCAUUGUGGAGGCUCUGACAACCAUCCCCAGCCGCAAGCAGCAGGUCCUCGACCUUCUCACCAGUUACCUGGACGAACUGAGCGUAGCUGGCGAAUGUGCUGCGGAAUACCUCUCCCUUUAUCAGAAACUCAUCAAACCUGCUCAGUGGAAGAUUUACCUCGCUGCUCGCGGAGUCCUGCCCCACAUCGGGAACCUCAUCACCAAGGAAAUUGCCCAUUUGCUUGCCCUGGAAGAGGCGACAUUGAGCACAGACCUGCAGCAAGGAUAUGCACUGAAAAGCUUGACAGCGCUGCUUUCAUCCUUUGUGGAGGUCGAAUCCAUCAAACGUCACUUUAAGAGCCGGCUGGUGGGGACGGUGCUGAACGGAUACUUGUGUCUGAGGAAACUGGUGGUGCAACGGACUAAGCUGAUCGAUGAAACACAGGACAUGCUGCUGGAGAUGCUAGAGGACAUGACGACAGGAACUGAAUCAGAAACCAAAGCUUUCAUGGCCGUUUGCAUUGAAACUGCCAAACGCUACAAUCUGGAUGAUUACAGGACUCCAGUCUUCAUCUUUGAACGACUCUGCAGCAUCAUCUACCCAGAGGAAAACGAGGUGACAGAAUUUUUUGUGACUCUGGAAAAAGAUCCACAACAAGAGGAUUUCCUGCAAGGGAGAAUGCCGGGAAAUCCAUACAGCAGCAGCGAGCCAGGAAUUGGUCCACUCAUGAGAGACAUCAAAAACAAGAUCUGCCAGGAUUGUGACUUGGUGGCACUGCUAGAGGAUGACAGCGGGAUGGAGCUUUUGGUUAAUAAUAAGAUUAUCAGCUUGGACUUGCCGGUGGCUGAAGUGUACAAGAAAGUCUGGUGUCCAGCCAACGAAGGAGAGCCGAUGCGUAUAAUCUACCGUAUGAGAGGGCUUCUGGGAGAUGCAACAGAGGAAUUUAUCGAGUCCCUAGAUUCAACUACAGAUGAGGAGGAGGAUGAGGAGGAGGUGUAUAAAAUGGCCGGGGUGAUGGCACAGUGCGGUGGUCUCGAGUGUAUGCUGACUCGAUUGGCCGGAAUCAAAGACUUCAAGCAGGGACGCCAUCUUCUCAGUGUGCUGCUGAAACUCUUCAGUUAUUGUGUGAAGGUCAAGGUGAACCGUCAGCAGCUGAUCAAACCAGAGAUGAAUCCACUCAACGUCAUGUUGGGAACACUCAACCUGGCAUUGCUGGCGGAGCAAGAGAGUAAAGAUAGUGGUGGUGCGACGAUUGCUGAGCAAGUGCUAAGCAUUAUGGAAAUAAUUCUUGAUGAAGCGAAUGCAGAACCACUAACUGAGGACAGGGGAAACCUGCUGCUAACGGGAGAUAAAGAUCAACUGGUCAUGUUGUUGGACCAGAUCAAUUCGACCUUUGUCCGCUCCAAUCCUAGUGUUUUGCAAGGGUUGCUCCGGAUUAUCCCGUACCUGUCCUUUGGAGAGGUGGAAAAGAUGCAGAUCCUUGUGGAUAGGUUCAAGCCGUGCUGUAAUUUUGACAAGUAUGAUGAAGAGCACAAUGCAGACGACAAAGUUUUCCUGGAUUGCUUUUGUAAAAUUGCUGCUGGAAUCAAAAAUAACAGCAAUGGCCACCAACUGAAAGAGCUGAUCAUUCAGAAAGGAAUCACACAGAAUGCCUUGGAAUACAUCAGGAAGCACAUCCCAUGUGCCAAGAACCUUGAUGCUGAUGUGUGGAAGAAGUUCCUAGCAAAGCCAGCACUCCCUUUCAUUCUGCGGCUGUUGCGGGGUUUGGCAAUGCAGCAUCCGCCCACACAAGCAUUGAUUGGAACAGAUUCCAUCACAAACCUGCACAAGCUGGAACAGGUUUCCAGUGAUGAAGGCAUUGGGACUCUGGCAGAAAAUCUCCUGGAGGCUCUGCGGGAGAACACAGAGGUCAACAAGAAGAUUGAAGCCGCACGGAAGGAGACACGAGCAGAGAAAAAACGGAUGGCAAUGGCCAUGCGACAGAAAGCACUGGGCACUUUGGGAAUGACAACUAACGAAAAAGGUCAGGUUGUCACGAAGACCAAGUUGCUGCAGCAAAUGGAGGAGUUAAUUGAGGAGCCAGGUCUGACCUGCUGCAUCUGCCGGGAGGGCUACAAGUUCCAGCCAACCAAAGUACUGGGGAUUUACACGUUCACUAAGCGCGUUGCACUUGAAGAAUUUGAGAAUAAACCGCGGAAGCAGCAGGGAUACAGCACAGUGUCACAUUUCAACAUUGUCCACUAUGACUGUCACCUUGCUGCAGUCAGGUUGGCACGUGGUCGGGAGGAGUGGGAAAGCGCUGCUUUACAGAACGCAAAUACCAAGUGCAACGGGUUGCUGCCUGUGUGGGGUCCACAUGUGCCGGAAUCAGCCUUCGCUACGUGUUUGGCAAGGCAUAACACAUAUUUGCAAGAGUGUACAGGCCAGCGGGAGCCCACUUACCAGCUAAAUGUCCAGGAUAUUAAACUCCUCUUCUUGCGCUUUGCUAUGGAGCAGUCAUUCAGUGUUGAUACCGGUGGAGGAGGCAGAGAGAGCAACAUCCACCUCAUCCCAUACAUCAUUCAUACAGUCCUCUACGUUCUCAACACAACCCGGGCCACAUCCCGUGAGGAGAAGAAUCUGCUGAGUUUCCUGGAGCAGCCAAAGGAGAAGUGGCUCGAGAAUGCUUAUGAGGUUGAAAGCGCACACUACUUCACGGUGCUGGCAUUGCACAUUCUUCCACCAGAGAAAUGGAAAGCCACACGUGUGGAUUUUCUGAAACGUCUCCUGGUCACCACCCAAGCAAGAAAAGUUUCACCCGGUGGCUGCAGCAAAUUAUCUGAUAAAACUGGGAAGGAGUAUUCACUGUACCGCCCUGUGCUCCUUUUCUGGGGAUUAGUGGAGCUUAUCUAUAGAAUAUUUAAGAAGGUUCCUACCAGUAACACAGAGGGUGGCUGGUCCUACUCUCUCGCAGAAUACAUUCGGCAUAAUGACAUGCCCAUCUAUGAAGCAACAGACAGAUGUCUCAAAACCUUUCAGGAUGAAUUCAUGCCGGCUGAGUCCUUCUCUGAAUUUCUAGAUGUUGCGGGACUCUUAGCAGACAUUGAAGAUCCUGACAACUUCUUGAAAGAUCUUCUUAACUCUGUCCCGUAAAUGUUCUUCAACUCCAAAGCAAAUAUUUAUCUACUUUUAGAAACAUUAGUUGUGCUUUUUUCACAGUGCAGGCAGAUGGAAUCAAUUCCAGCCUCCACAUCAAUUUCUGUUCAGUAACGGCUUAUUUGUUGUGUGUGCAAAUAUCCUAGGUUUAAACGUUUACAUGCAUGCGUACAAAGGUUUGGCAAUGGAAUCGGCUCAUUUUAAGGAGUACGUUUGGUUGCUUUAUUUUCAGUUUUCUGCUGCUGUAUCCCAGUAAAAAUGGGGAAAAUUCCAAUUGUUUGUGAUUCUCUGCUAAACCUCUGGUUCACUAUUGCAUCUAAUAAAGUUUCUUUGAAUACAGCAGCUGGUGUCCUAUCCCACAUCGGGCUUCACAAGCCGAUCACCCCCAUCCUCACUGUGAAUUCAAUAUCCUCAUCCUCGUGUUCAAAUCCCUGCACGGCGUCUGCAACCUCCUGUGACCCUCCCACCCCCCGCCCUGCCCACUCCUUCUGCUCAGCAUCGCCUGCUUCAUGUUCCUCGUCUGACUUGCCCCCUCCCUACUGAUGAACAAAAAUUCAGCCAUUGUACCCCUGCUCUCUGGAUUUCCCUCAUUGACUCCCUUGCCUCACCCCCUCCACGUCACCCCCUCUUUAAGACACUUUUUUUUUAAAAAUUGACCCACGCCUUUUUGGUCACUUUUUUCCCCACUUAAUGGAAAAGAUGAAAAACUGAAAAUAAAUCUCACUCACUAUUAUAAUGGAGAUGAAUUCUGUGCACAACUUAUGGCAAUAGAACUAGUUAGCAAGCUCUAGACAGGCAGCUUCUCCACUCCCAUGGGGACUGGCUAUGUAACCAAAUGAAGAAAGUUAGAUAAAUCGACCGAGUAAUUUCUCUUGAAAGAAAGGUUACCGGUGUGUGAAAGUGCCCUCCUUUUGUUCAGCCUGGUCUUUGAAUGACUCUUUCUUUCGCAGCAGUUUGCACAUAUGCCACAGGUCUGUAUCAAUAAACCUUAAUGUUGUUUGUAUAUCAAAA